AUGACCAAGAGGAAGAGAACGACACCUCCUCCUCCGGAGAGGAUUGUGCCUAAAUUGGCCAUGACUUGGCCUGAGCCCUCCAUCUGGGAGCGACUCGAGGGCAUUGAUCGAGAAAUCACAGGCAUACUUGAAUUCAUCGCAGAGUUCAAGCGGCGUAACAACCGAAAAAAGGAUAAGGCUUUAGAAAAGAGCGUGAAGUGGAACAAUGACAGAAUGCCAAACAGGCACCGCCUAGAGGAGAACAAGGAUGUACUUAUGAGAAGUUUAUGGGAAUAUGACGGUCGAUUAGUACGUUGCUCGCUUUAUGGAAAUGGGAAGGUUCACACCUCAUCUAAUCAGUACCAAGAAGAUGCAAGCAAGAAGUUUCAGGACGGUUUGCAAUCUCGUAUCCAAAACCAAGUAGCAUGUCUACAGAUAGGAAAUUUCCAAGAAUUGGUUAAUAUGGCUUCGAUAACAGAGGCGGAGCAACGAAGACUAAUUGCACAAGCUCAAAUGGAUAGGAAAAUGGGAUUUCCUUACUCGUUAGGAAGUAAUACGGGGAAGCGAACGGCCCCGCAAAUUACACCUGGAGGAGUGUCGACGACAAAUGCUAAACCCAAGACUGCAGCAAAGGCCGAGGUUUAUGCUAUUAUGCCAGAAGAGGUAGACCUAGAAGCUGAUGAGACGACAGACGCGAGAGUGAUUACUGGUAAAGUUAGAUUGAAGCAGUAUGUGGUAUAUGCUUUAUUUCAUUUCGGAGCGUCGAGGUCUUUUAUCUCUAGUAGAUGCGUACGACGAUGUGAGCUCAAGGUUGAGCCAAUGUCUCGAAAAGUUUUAGUAGCUAUCCCUGACGGGAACGUAAUGGGUUGUACCAGUAUAAUUACAAAUUGCCCGCUGGAAAUCCCAAAUUUGGUCUUGACUGCAGAUUUGAUUAUUUUUCACAUGAUGGAAUUCGAUCUAAUCUUAGGAAUGGAUUGGUUGUCUAGGCAUUAUGCCCAGAUAGACUGUCGGAGGUGGGAGGUAGUGUUUAACUUACCUGCAUGUGAAAUGAUUUGUUAUAUGGGUGAGUUUGUUCGGCUUGAUUUGUUUACGGUAACGGUUGAACAAGUCAAGAAGAGUUUGGUGAACAGGGAUAUUGUCUAUCUAGUGAUGAUAAAGGAUGUAAAGGAAGGACCUGAAGGAAUCCAAAGAAUCCCUGUGAUUGAGGAUUUUUCCAAAGUUUUCGCUGAUGAACUACUCGGAUUACCUCCAGAUCGAGAGACGAAAUUUGUAAUUGAGCUUGAACAAGCCACAACCCUAGUGCAUAAGUCACCCUAUCGGAUGGCCCCAUCAGAAUUAAAAGAGCUUAAAGUGCAGAUUGAAGAACUUCUAGCAAAGGGUUUUAUUCGACCAAGCUCAUCGCCUUGGGGAGCACCGGUCUUGUUCGUUAAAAAGAAGGAUGGGACUCUUCGGAUGUGCAUUGAUUAUAGGGAUUUUAAUAAAGUGACUGAUAAGAAUAAAUAUCCCUUGCCAAAGAUAGACGAUCUAUUGGAUCAAUUGCGAGGAGCUGCGAUUUUCUCGAAAAUUGAUCUACGAUCCAGAUAUCAUCAACUCAGAAUUAGGGAGCAAGAUGUCUCUAAGACUGCUUUUCGAACCCGUUAUGGACACUUCAAGUUUCUAGUCAUGCCUUUUAGGCUGAUGAACGCCCUUGCCACAUUUAUGGAAUUGACAAAUCGAAUUUUCCUACAAUAUUUAGAUAGUUUCGUAGUGGUAUUCUUAGACGACAUAUUGAUUUACUCUCAUGAUGAGGAAGAGCAUAAGAAGCACUUGAGGAUUGUACUGGAAACAUUGCAGGAACAUCAGUUGUAUGACAAAUUUAGUAAGUGCGAGUUCUGGCUUAGUGAAGUGAAAUUUUUGGGCCAUGUGAUUUCUAGCAAAAGAGUACCAGUGGAUCCUGCUAAAACUGAUGCUGAUAUUACCGAAGGAGUACAAGAGUUCACAUCUGUGACUGAAGAAGAAAUCAUGGAAGGACAGCGUAAAUAUGAGAAACUGGAGAAGUUUCGACAGAAGAUUAUGAAAUCAGAAGGGCCACAACAUCUUUCUAUUGGAAGGAAUGAGAUUUUCUUUUAUAAGGAGAGGAAAGUAAUUCCUAACCUCACUGAACUUAAGGAAAAGUUACUAAAGAAGGCUCAUUGCACCCUUUACACAGCGCACCCUGGCAGUACAAAGAUGUAUCGAGAUUUAAAAGGCCAGUUUUGGUAG